AUGUUGGUGACAGGUCCUCCCAUUCUCACGUUUAUUUUUAGAAGUGCUUAUGAUCUCUUUCUUCUUGACACGUCUUUCGCUCCAGAAAAUUUCAGUCUUUUACAUGAUGGAAAUAUAAAAGAAAAAAUUCCGGAACUUUUGCCUUCAGAGUCGUUUGAAUAUAAAUUUACGAUGAAACCCCUUAUUUCUGGUCACUUUUGGGACAAAAAAGCUCUUGUCUCCUAUUUAGACGAUAAAGAAUUUAAUUCCAAUAUUCAAUGUUUACAAAUUAAUUUCCGAGUGUCGACACUUUUAUUAAUUUUGGCUGCCAUAUUGUGGAAUAUCUUGAAUCCCAGAUCGGGAUUGCCUUCUGAUUACUUUUUAGCCUUUUUUACAUACCAUGCCAUGCUAGUUUAUAUGUAUUGGAUGCUUGUUCUUUUAGGGGCUUUCUAUCUUAUUGAAGCACUGAAAUCCCGCUUCAAUAGCCAUCAAGUGGAGUUUAAAUGCUACUCCAAAUUGCAACUCAACAUUUUAAGGAAGGCAUUUCACUUUGCUAUUUUUUGCAUCAUCAUUGUUCCGAUUAGAUUUUGCAAUGAUAUUUCGGUGUUCUACCUAGUUCAGGCAUGUUCUUCGGUGGUGCUGUUAUCAUUUGUGGCUGUUGAAUUUAUUCGUAUUCAUUACCCCUUCUCGAUGGUUUCAACAUGUAUUACUGGAUACAUGAUAAGAUUUACCGGCCAUUCUCACAAGAAGAAUAGGGUAAAGCCUAUCACGGAUCAUAUUUAUCUGAUGGCAGGUGUGACCCUCCCCUUGCUAAUAUCGGCCCCAAAUUCGCUGGAAUCGCUGUCCGGUUGUAUCACCCUGGGCCUUGGUGAUUCCGCGGCAGCCCUUGGCGGGUGCACUUAUGGGAUAUAUCGUAUCCCUGGCUCCAAUGGGAAAACCGUAGGCGGGGCGCUUUGUUGCAUUGUAGCUUUGUUUCUUUCAUCGAUGCUUCUUUCAUAUUCGCAGAUCAGCUUUUGGGAGUCCCUUGUUUUAUCAACGAUCACUUCUGUGGUUGAAGUUUAUAGCCCCAUCAACGACAACAUCGUACUUCCAUUAACAUAUUGGGUAGUGCUAAAGAAGCUAAUAAAACCUGGCUAA